AUGAGAGCCCGGCAGCCGCUCGGUCCCGGUCCAAUGAGAGCAGCGGGGUCUGGGCUCCGACAGAGAGUUGGGUUGUUCAAUCUGCGAGGAGGACAACAAGCCGCAGCUCGAGUCGGAGCGUACGGGAUGGAUGGAUAGAGGAUGAACGGAGGCGAUGACCCGUCCUGUUGGUGCAGAAGCUGAGCUCACAUCUGCAGAUGAUGUGAUGUUUUGACCCCAACCAGAUCGAGCGAAAUACUUGUACAAAUGAGUUGCUGCUCGGCUGCAGGACGUGUGUCCUUUCGCUGAGGCCACAUGUGUAUCUGGAGAGAUGGACCGCUGUAAGCACGUGGGUCGCCUCCGUCUGGGCCAGGACCAUUCCAUACUCAAUCCACAAAAAUGGCACUGUGUGGACUGCAGCACCACAGAUUCGGUGUGGGCCUGCCUCAAGUGCUCCCACGUGGCCUGUGGACGGUUCAUGGAAGAGCACUCGCUCAAACAUUUUCAGGAGUCCCACCACCCGCUGGCCAUGGAGGUGCGAGAGCUGGAUGUCUUCUGCUUCGCCUGUGGAGACUAUGUGCUCAAUGACAAUGUGGAGGGUGACCUCAAGCUCCUCAGAGGGGCCCUCUCUACUGUUCGGAACCCAGGCAGGCGCUCACUACGCUCUUCAGCUUGGGGAGAAGGUGGGCAGCAGCCCGCCAUGCAGCUGGCCUUGCGCCACAGGAGGAAAACGCUCCUGAGGAAGAUGUUUCAGACGUGGCUCGGCAAACAUCAAGAGCUUCAAAAUGAGCGCAAAGAGAAACUGGAGGAAGCCAGGAGACAAAAGAAGGAGGUAAAAAGAAGGCUUAUGGAGGAACUUGUCAGUGUUCCUCCCAGAAAGAGUGCCAGGCUUCUUACUCAGGCGCCACGUUCAACCAUCACACUCAUUCCUCGCAAAUUUCGCGACCCACCAGAACGCCUACCUCCUCCUGCUCCUUCCAGGAAGCCUUCGAUUCUCACCCUGCCCCGCAAGGCUCCUCAGAAUGGCAGAGCCGCUAAACUGAGGCGAUACUACUCUACGCACGCUGUUACGCGGCGGAGACUCGCUCCAGGUGUCACCGGUCUGCGCAACUUGGGGAACACGUGCUACAUGAACUCUAUAUUGCAGGUGCUGAGCCAUCUGCAGAAAUUCAGGGAGUGUUUUCUCACUUUGGACCUGUGUGAGACUGAGGAGCUGCUGGCCAAAACUAAUCACUCCCAGGGGGUGAAGGGCAUGACAGGAGGGGUUGUCAGUAGUGCAAACACACCCCUGUCAGAGUUCCCUCUGGGACAAAUGGGGAAGGCUGGGUGUUUGAAUUUGCCCGUUGACAGAAAAGAAAGUGUCCCUCCGUCCCCACAGGCUGCAGAAUUGGUCCAGCCCAAGGAGUCUCGCUGCUCCACUCGCCAGCAAAUGUCUCUGUGCCAUGAGUUACAUACACUUUUCAGGGUCAUGUGGUCAGGCCGGUGGUCUUUGGUCUCUCCCUUCGCCAUGCUGAACUCUGUGUGGAACCUCAUCCCGGCUUUCCGCGGUUACGACCAGCAAGAUGCCCAGGAGUUCCUGUGUGAGCUGCUGGACAAGGUGCAGCAGGAGCUGGACACGGAGGGCUCCAAACGGCGGAUAGUCAUCCCCAUCACAAAGAGGAAGCUGUCCAAGCAAGUGCUAAAGGUUCUGAACACCAUCUUUCACGGCCAGCUCCUCAGCCAGGUGACAUGUUUGUCGUGUAAGCACAAGUCCAACACAGUAGAGCCAUUCUGGGAUUUAUCCUUGGAGUUUCCGGAGCGAUACCACAGUACGAACAAAAGCUCAGGCUCCACUACUUACCAGCGGAGCUGUACCCUUGUGGAGAUGCUGUCCAAGUUUACAGAGAUGGAGGCUCUUGAAGGCAACAUCUACGCCUGCAACCACUGCAACAAAAGAAGAAGGAAAUCAUCCCACAAACCCUUGGUUCUGUCGGAAGCAUGUAAGCAGCUUCUGAUCUACCGUUUACCUCAGGUUCUUCGGCUGCACCUCAAACGCUUCAGAUGGUCGGGCCGGAACCACAGAGAGAAAAUUGGCGUCCACGUGGCCUUUGACCAGGUUCUGAACAUCAAACCGUACUGCUGCACAGACUCUGGUCACUCCGUCCACAGAGGAGGCUACACCUACGAUCUGUCUGCUGUGGUUAUGCAUCAUGGGAAAGGCUUCGGCUCAGGGCACUACACCGCAUACUGCUACAACACCGAAGGAGGUUUCUGGGUCCACUGUAAUGACUCUGAGAUGAAGGUUUGCAGCGUGGAGGAAGUGUGCAACACUCAGGCCUACAUUCUCUUCUAUACCCAGAGGUCUGCUUAGGUACCUCGCUCGCUGUGAUGUUGACUCAUGGCUGCAUUUAUGAAAAUGUUGUCAGAUCUUUUCCCGGAUGUCACUUUAUAAAGAAAAAUGGCGACGAUUGCAGAGGGAGAACCGUAGUUAUUGUCG